CUUGCGUGGCGCGCUGUGCCGGGCCUGCCUCGCGCUGGCCGCGGCUCUAGCUGCGCUGCUGCUGCUGCCGCUGCCCCUGCCCCGCGCCCCCGGCCCGGCCCCGACCCCCGCCGCGGCCCGCCUGCGGCCGGAUGACGUCUUCAUCGCAGUCAAGACCACCCGGAAGAACCACGGCCCGCGCCUGCGGCUGCUGCUGCGCACCUGGAUCUCGCGCGCCCCACGGCAGACGUUCAUCUUCACGGAUGGAGACGACCCUGAACUCCAGCGGCAGGCAGGUGAGAAGGGUGGGAGGGAAGAGAAGUCCUGACCAGAGUUGCACUCCCCUCGGUGCUGCCCGGACCUUCGUUAGGCUCGGUUCCUGUCAGGCACAGGCGAGGCGGCCGCAUGAUCAACACCAACUGCUCUGCUGUGCGCACCCGCCAAGCGCUGUGCUGCAAGAUGUCGGUGGAGUACGACAAGUUUAUCGAGUCUGGACGAAAGACGUCUACCUGGGGCGACCCAGUCUGGACCAUCCCAUCGAGGCCACAGAGAGAGUCCAGGGAGGUGGCACUGUAACCACCGUCAAGUUCUGGUUUGCAACGGGUGGAGCUGGGUUCUGCCUGAGCAGGGGCCUUGCCCUCAAAAUGAGCCCAUGGGCCAGCCUAGGCAGCUUCAUGAGUACAGCAGAGCGGGUGCGGCUGCCUGACGACUGCACAGUAGGCUACAUCGUGGAAGGGCUGCUGGGCGCCCGCCUACUACACAGCCCCCUCUUCCACUCUCACCUGGAGAACCUGCGGAGGCUGCGCCCUGAUGCUGUGCUGCAGCAGGUCACCCUGAGCUAUGGGGGUCCUGAGAAUCCACAGAAUGUGGUGAAUGUGGCUGGAAGUUUCAGCAUACAGCAGGACCCAACACGGUUUCAGUCUGUGCACUGCCUUCUCUACCCAGAUACUGACUGGUGUCCUGUGAAGAAGAGGGGGAAACUAGCUUUUCGGUGACCAGUGAUCCCUGGUAGCUUCUCUGCCCAGCUCCCUCACGCCUUGGAUUCGAGGGUGCAGAAGCCCAGUCUGCCUGCAGGCCUCCCAUGGUCCUUCUCCUGACUGGACAGCAGGUGCUUCUAGAGAAUGAGGAGGGCCAGGCCAUGUGCAGAGACCAUCCAGGAACAAAGGGAAAGGCAGUGUUGCUGAAGCGUAGCCUCUUGUCCAGGAGGUACCUGGCUCCCAGCCUCCAGGGCUGUGUCUACCCCUUCUCAGCUACAGAAAGCAGGGCCAGGUGAGCUGGCCAUUGGGAGGUGAGCUCCAGGUCUGGCCACGGGCUAUUCCUGGGAGGCCUUACAGAACCUUUUUCAACUCCCAGAUGGUGCAGAGUAUGACAGUGGGGACUUAAAACCAGCCCCAAGGCUGUGCUUCCCACAGAGCUGCUCUUCUCCAGGACCUCCAUCCCUGACUUCCUCCUGGGGACCUUCAGGAAACUUCCUUCCUCUAACUCAGUGUUUAGGAAUUUUCCUCCUCCAGCUUCCUACAGGUCCAUGACCCAGUGGGAGCCUUUCCUCUAGGCCCACAGGACUGACGUGCAGACCCAGUGCCUUUUACGGGGUGCAUUGUGGGGUAGUGUCUGCAAUAUUGAGUAAAGACUUCUUUGGUGUUCUCAGUG